AUGGAACUUAUCAUUAGGGAUCCAUCUGAAAAGGUCAGAACACGUUCCUCUUCUAGACAAUUAAUAGAUAACUUUGCAUUGGUCUCACAUUUUGAGCCCAAAAAUGUUGUUGAUGCAUUGAAAGAUGAGAACUGGAUUUUAGCCAUGGAAGAGGAAUUAAAUCAAUUUGAAAGAAACAAGUGCAUUCUCAUUUCUGCUCAUACUGCAUUCUUCUUCUGUACAACACGUUCUGCAUCAAAAACACAUCCACAUUGUAUCAUGGUUAAAAUCAGAGGCGGAUCUACUAGUGCGGGACGGUCCUUUAGACUUAGAGAUGAGGACAUUGAAAUUGUGGAACCGUUUACCAAAGCACCUAAAAAGAAGAUUGUGACCCAGGGUGGUAAAGCAAAGCAAACUACCCAAAGAAAAUUGGUUUCUCAAACUGCUGAACCAUCUGAUGAGCAGAUGGAAGAGCAGAACUCUGAAGGAAACACAGUUGGUGGAAAUGAGGAACCAGAACAAGCUACCCAGAAUGAUGAAACUGUCACAAGGUCAUCUGGAAAACGAAAGAGAACUGCUAAGAGGAAGAGCACUCCCCAAUCAAAGAAAAAGCAAUCUGCUGAUCCCUCUGUUGAUCAGCAGAAUGAAGGAAACAUUGCUGAGAAUCAGCAAACACCUGAACCCUCCACCAGAAAGUCUCCAAGGACAAGGACUGAGACUCAAAAUGUUGGGGCAUCUGCCACACAAACCUCGAAAGGGAAACGUUCAAGAAAGGAUCCAGAGACUGUGGCUGAGUCUAGAAGAAAAAACUUUCAUGAAACCCCUGUCACUCCUAGGACUUCUCAUGAUCAGUCAGACUAUGUCUCUCCUUUCACCAUUCAUCCUAGAAAGUCUGCCAGCAAGUCCUUCGCAUCCAAUUCUGAGGUCAUCUCUUUGCUUGAAGACCUAAAACAGCAUGUCCUGCUUAUUGAAGAUGGUCUCAUGAUGACUAUGACCCCUGCCCAACAAUUUUCCUUCAUGGAAAAAAGGAACCUUCUUGUGCCUCCAAUACCUGAAAACAAUGAAAAUGCUCAUCAGAAAGAGCCAAGACUUGAACCCACAGGGCCAACUACUGAUACUGAGGCCACACCAGCUUCCAGCUCUCGGCCAAAGGAUAAAGGCAAGGCUCCAGCUACUGUGGAGGCAUAUGAAGAAGACGAUGAAGAAACUGAGGAAGAAGAGGAUCCUGAACAGUUUCUUCUGGCCAGAAGGAGGCCUGGGUCAUCUAAGAUCACUAUCUAG